AUGGCAUCAGCUUAUGGAAAUAAGAAUGAACCGAUACCGAUUGUAGAUAGAGAAAAGCUUUGUUUACCGACUUUUUAUACAAGUCCGACUGGUGUUAAAUAUUCACUUGAUACAUGGCAAGAAUCCGAUGUUAAUGGUUUAUAUGAAAUAUUCCACGAUGUUAUUGAAGAAGGUCAAACAUAUCCACAAGAAACAAUAAACCUGGAUGAAUUUCGACAAUAUUUUCUUUCCAAAUAUUGUUUCAUCAUUCGUUUAGCGGAAUCGACUAGUCCAGAUUCUAAUUCAAUCGUUGGUGGAUUCUAUAUAAAACCAAAUUUUCCUGGAAGAUCAUCACAUUUAGCAAAUUAUGGUCUUUUGGUGAAUCGAAAAUAUCGUGGACAAGGAUUGGCAAAUUUUAUGGUCGAACAAUGUAUUCGUUUGGCACAAUUAUUAAAAUUUAAAGCAUUAUAUACAAAUCUUGUUUACGUAACGAAUAUACCGUCGAUAAAAACAUGUCAACGUUAUGGUUUUCAAAUAGUUGGUCGAUUACCAAAAGCAGGCAAUUUAAAACAAUUUGGUUUUACAGAUGCAUUACAAUUUUUUAAAGAUUUAGAACAAUAAUGAUUUCAUUCAUCAUUACAAUAAAACCACAAAAAUUUUAUAUUGAAAAAUAAUUUGUAAAUAAUCAUCAUCAUCAUCAUUUUGAAUCAUCGCAUUCAUUUGUUGGAAAAUAAUCAACCAAACACAUGAUGAGUGUCCAAUUCAGAAAGUUCGAAAAAAAUCACCCUAUGAAAUUGGAUGAACGAAUAAUGUCGUAUCAUCAUACGAAAGUAGAUGGCAGCAAUAGGUCUAUAUUUGAUCAUUCUAAUAGUGAAUGAUUGGAAAUUAUUUCAUUCAUCAUUCAUUUAUGUACAACAAGAACAACAAGAAUUUUAUUUCAAAAAAAUUUGUAAAUUUAUUAAUUAUAAUCUGGUUCGAUGAUUUGAACUUGAUCACAAGAUGAAUCAAGAUUUGAACAUUUGCCAUUUAUCAAUUUCCAUCAUGAUCAUUGUUAUCGCCAUCGUCAAUCCGUUGCCAAUAUGAUUUUUUUUUUGUCUAGAAAAUGAAAAAAAAGUUAGAUUAUUAUGACACUUAUGUAAUAAACAAACAAAAAAAAUUACCUGAAAAUGAUUGUUUAAUAAUAAUUGUUGUUGUUUAAAAAAAAAAAACACUUGAAUCGAUGAUGGUCCAUUAACAAGAAACCUGUAGAAACGAGCUUCUGACACCUAAAAAUGUCUACAAAAGCCCGGAUUCUACAGGGUAGCUCGAGAAUGGAAUAAAUAUAUCAAUAUGUUUGUUGAAUGUUGUUCAAAAAAAAUUUGAUAUCAUAAAACUAAACACUGGAAUUCUGGAACUACGAAAGAAAAUGGAAUAAAUAAUGAGAAAAACAAAACACAGUACACACACACUACACACAUACAACAAACAUAAAUCAUUGGAUUAUCUUUCGAAUGUUUAGGACGAAAACAAAUGGAUGGAUGGAUGGAUGAUGGUCAUGAUCAUGACCAGAGGCCAACUAUACAAUGAAUGAAUGAAUGAAUGAUAAUUAUCUCUACCAUCAUUCAACAACAACAAUAACAAUCAUCUC